AGAUAGAGAUAGUCUUAAAGGCUUUAAGACUAUUUGUUUGAUUCCCCCUUCGAUUUAGGUUAUUUAAUUUCAUUAUUGUUUAUUGUAAAAUUAAUUAAUUUGUCAUAUAAAAUUGUUUACUUUUCGAAAGAGUGUUAAUCUUUUAGUUUAAUCUACUUCAACUUUGAUCUCCUUUGUUUUAAAGUAAAAUUUUCCAUCUGCAAAUUGAUUAAACAUGGCUGUUGACGUUUUACCACCACCCAAUUUCAACAAUAAUCACAAUGAAAGUAAACUCUUUCUUGGAGGCUUGAGUUGGGAUACCUCUGAAGAGGAUAUUAUCAAUUACUUCAGUAAGUAUGGCCAGAUUCUUGAUGUUACCAUCAAAUAUGAUCCAGUUUCAGGUCAUCCUCGAGGCUUUGGCUUCAUCACUUUUGCUUCAAGUGACUGUAUUGAUAAUGUUUUAAGAGCUGGUCCUCACACCUUAAAAAAUAAACUCAUUGACCCUAAGCGGGCUAAAUCACGGCCUAUCAGUAAAAAAGUUUUUGUCGGAGGCAUUGAUGCCAAUACCUCUGAGUCUGAAAUACGUCGUCAUUUUAACAAAUUCGGUAAAAUUGAAGGUAUUGAAUUGCCUUACGACAGACAACGUGGUAAGCGAAGAGAAUUCUGUUUCAUCAUUUUUGAAAACGAAGAAGCCGCCGAUGUCGCUGUAAAAGAAUCCAAACAAACAAUCGAUGGUCGGGAGUGUGAUGUCAAAAAAGCUCAGCCUCAACCAGUUGCCCAGCAACAGAAACGUAUGCUUCAAACCCAAGGCCAAGCUGCUGCUAACUAUCCAAAUCCAGGUAUGUUUGCCUAUGGUUAUGACGAUUACGCUUGGCCUGAUCCUGCCGCUACCAUGGGCGCUGGGUCCAGUGGCAUUCCAGAUAGACGCAGAUCGAAGAAGAGUAAUAAUGGUAACAUGCAUGGUGUUGAGCCUUCUUGGAACUACAAUUUCUCAAUCAUUUGACAUAAUGCAAAUAAUAAUUAUAAAAUAUAAUAAUAAAAUACCUUCAAUUUGGUGUAAAUUGAUUUGUCAACCUAAUUAAUUUUGAUUAAUCAUCGAUAUAACAAUCAAACUGAAGCCGAAAUCAAACUACAAUCAAUUUGUUUGAUUCGAUAAGUUUAUUAAUAAAAUAAUGAUCAUCAAUUCAA